AUUGUUACUUUUAUUUUUUUCAUAGAUAACAUGUAUAUGUUAUGCGAGAACCAAAGCUAACCCUCAUGGUUGUAACAAACUUUAAACAUAUACAUUACUCCAUACAUUAAAUACAAAUUUAUAAUAUGCCAAAUUAAACAUUCCACAACAAAAUAAUUUGUUUUCUUAGAGGUAUUAGAAAACAUAAUGCAAAUAUUAGUGUUGUGCAUUAUUAAUUCCCUAUUUGGUAUAUUUUUUCAACCUACGCAUAAUUAAUAUUUAUAUUAGUUAUACAUUCUAUGUAGUAUUAUCCUAAGUAUAACUAACACAUAGUAAAUUAUGAUACUAGCAAGGCAAGGAUUUUAAUACUUGCCUAACAACGGUAAAGACAUAAUUGCCCCUCAAAUCUCUCAAAACUUAUUCCAAAUACGUUCUGCCAUAUUCUGUAAUUGUCAUUUUGACUACACAGGAUCGUUAUUACAUUUUACUAUUUUAAUACUGAUGAAAAAUAUUUAAAAAAUAUCUGGUGUUUGUUUAGUACAUGAAAAACAUUUUCUGAAAAAAUUAUAAACUAGUACUAAUCCUUGUAUAAUUUGUCUUUAACCAAUUUACCCAAACGUACAAAUCAGGUAAACCACGUGUACAUUUCCCUAAUAACCAAACAGAAAAUACAGUAAAAAAUGUCAGAAGAGUCGAUGCAAGUUUUGGACAACAAUGGUUAGAUAACGAAAGCAAAAAAUUACAUACAAUGUACACUACACAGUAAAUAAAGCUUUAAAAAAAAAAAAAAUUAAUUUACCCAAAGUCGUUACACACAUAUUUAGGUACAGGGGAAAGAAAAUAGACCCAAUUAGAUACAGCAGCAAUCACAAAAUCUGAAAAAAAAAUCUGCUUUGAUAGAUUCAAAGAUCUAGUGUAUAUAUAUACAGUGAAACUGGACUUUUCCUCCAUAUCUGGCUAAAUCUAUCUCGGUCAUAUACUUGUGUUGACUCAUUAAGUACUAGUUUUGGUUCAGAUUUUUAUUUUUUUAUUUUUUUUGGUUCGGAUUUGGGUUGAGUUUAUAUUUUUGGGAUGUAAUGGAAGAAAAUAACACAGCAGCAAUUCAUACAGCUAUAAAUGCAGUGCAAUCAUUAGGAAGGGGAUUUGAUGUGAAUUAUGAUACAAGAUUGCUAUAUUGUAAGGGGGUGGGUGGGUCUAGGGUUGUAGAGAUUGAUGAAGAACAGCAGCAUACAAGGGAUCUUUGUUUAUAUGAUAACGUAGUGCUGCCUAAUAUUUCAAGGGAUAUUAAGAAUUUUCAGGAGCCUGGUGGUCGAGAUGGUUCUAGUGUUUGCAAUUAUAAUGAGAUGGUGGAAUUUUUUAACAGAAAGGCUGAUAUUUCAAGCCAUUCUCCUCUUGGUAGCUUCAAUGUAGCAUUCAGUUUCACUGGUGCGAAGCAUUUAGAUGCUACCACUACAAAGACACUUUGUAUGGAUGGCUAUUUCAUACCACUUUCUAGACUUCAACUCAUGAAUUCACCGCUAGCCUUACAGGAAAGUGUUAGAAGAGCUGUCCCAGCAUCAUGGGACCCACCCGCAUUAGCGAGCUUCAUUGAAACUUUUGGGACUCACAUAAUUACAUCCAUAACUAUCGGUGGUAAAGAUGUAAUUUACGUUAAACAGCACCUUUCAUCACGCCUGUCCACAAUGGAAGUAAAAAGUUAUGUUCAUGAUAUCGGAAAUCAGAGGUUCUCCAGCACAGAAAGCCUUACAAGUUCAGGUCUAUUGAAAUACAAGGAUAAGUCUAGCGAUCCAUCGAUAUUCAAUAGCCAAGGAAUAUAUCCCCAACCCACAAAUGCUCCAUAUAUUGCUGGGAAUGGAAAAGAGGAUGUCACAGUCAUUUUCAGAAGAAGGGGAGGGGAUGAUCUGGAACAAAGCCACACCCAAUGGGCAAAAACUGUCAGAUCAUCUCCGGAUGUCAUUGAGAUGUCAUUCUUCCCUAUAACUCUUCUGCUUGAAGGGAUCAAAGGGAAAGAUCAUCUGGCACGCGCUAUAAGUCUCUAUCUUGAAUACAAGCCUCAAAUCGAAGAGCUGAGAUAUUUUCUGGAGUUUCAGGUCCCAAGGGUAUGGGCCCCUGUACAGUCGAGACUUCCAGGCCAACAACGGAAGGAACCUGUUUGCCCACAUCUGCAGUUCAGCAUGAUGGGGCAAAAGCUCUAUAUUAGCCAAGAACAAGUGUCGGUGGGGCGUAAGCCUGUGACUGGCAUGCGGCUAGCUCUUGAAGGUUCCAAGUCGAAUAGAUUAUGUGUCUAUAUUCAACAUCUGACUUCCCUUCCUAGAAUCCUUCUGCCAUGUUGGGACACUCAUGUAGCAAUUGGCGCUCCAAAGUGGCAGGGCCCUGAAGAGCAAGAUAGUAGGUGGUUUGAGCCGGUGAAAUGGAAGAACUUCUCCCACGUGAGUACUGCACCAAUUGAGUGCCCUGAAACUUUUAUUGGUAAUGAUCACUCUGGCGUGUACAUAGUGACGGGAGCUCAGCUUGGGGUUUGGGACUUUGGGUCAAGAAAUGUGUUGUAUAUGAAGCUUCUAUAUUCAAGGCUACCAGGAUGCACGAUACAAAGAUCACUGUGGGAGCACACCCCAAAUGAUAAGUCAAAUAAACAGGUCAAUUGUGGGAAUUACCAUGGCGAUGCAAGUUCUCUUACAGGGGAGAAUAUUAUAGGUAAUAAGUUGGCAAAGUUUGUUGACAUGACCGAGAUGAGUAAGGGGCCUCAAGAUCCUCCUGGUCACUGGUUAGUGACAGGUGGAAAACUUGGUGUUGAGAAAGGGAGAAUUGUUUUGAGAUUGAAGUAUUCCUUGUUAAAUUAUUAGUUGAUACUGGUUCUAAACUUGCUGCAUUACAAGGAAGUGAGGUGUUUUGGUGUAUAUGGUUCGUUUUUUUUUUUGGGUAUAUGUUUACCAUCUCUGGUAGAUGGUAGAUUGCUACGGAGAAGGAUGUAUAUCUAGGUAGUUCCAAUGUGUAAAUUUCUACAAAUUUUGACACAAUCAUCUUUUUUCAUUUCUGAAGUAAUAUGUAGGAAGUGCCACUUCCAGUCUAAUAAGAGAACAAUUCAAGAAUAACUGCAGUUAAGUAAAAUAACCUUCGGAAA